CCUGAAUGCAAAACGAAGGCUGGCGGGAAAUGGCGGAGCAGGCAGGAGGGAGGGCAGCUAGGCUUGUUUAAAUCAUAAAGAGGGGUCGUUAUUAGCUACACGCUCGACUCCAGAUGUGUUUAGCUAGAGUUGUCAAAAAUAAAAACGACAAUAAUGGCUAUAUUUGACCUGUUAUGCCACCGACCUUGUUGCAUGUGUUGUGCAACCUCAUGUAAGCGGUACUAUAUUACCAGGAUCUGACGGGCUUAUCCAAGAACGAACAUUAGCUGGCUAACUAACCUUGCUGUCUUCCUAGCAAAGCUGCUAUUACUAGCUAGUUUAGCUACUAGCUAGUAAACUUGGCUUUCACUUUGGCUAUCUAAGCACAAAGAAGAAGAAACCACGUCCAAUGUGAUUAAGUUACAGUUAGCCAUGUAGCUAACUAGCUAGCUACUGUAUGUUCAUCAGUAUGUAUGUUCAUCAUUGUUUACCUUCACACUCAAAGACCAACAGAAAGGAGUCCGUUCAACAAAGCACCCUCACGAAUGCUACUCUAGAGAAACACCUCUAACUGAUAUGCAAUAAGCUGCAAAAUAUGCAAUAAGCUAAAAAAAUGUAUGGGCAUUUAACACAAUCAGUAUCCAAUUAAAAGUACACUCCAUGUGAAAAAAUAGGCUAAUGCCAGAAGAUGGAUAUUCGAUAGACGUAUGAUAGUUGAAAACUGGUAUCCAUCAUCAAUAUAGAUGUCUCUAGUGUGACCAUGACUGUCCUAAGGAUGGAAAUGAGUCAGAUGGCUCGAGAGUUACAGCAUUAUGUUGACAAUGCUAAGGUUGUGGGUUUGAUUCCCUCACACACUGAACAUGUCAUCCAGUCUCUUUGGAUACUGAAGUUCCCUCUGGGGAAAAUGAACAUUAUAUUCUAAAAGCUCUGCUAUGGACCAUAUUUUAUAUACUAGAUGGAAGGGGAGAUAGAGGUGGAGAGCAGCAGUGAUGUGGGUCCGUCAGGGUCCGGGAUGGAGGAGCCAUCGGAGAGCGGUAUGGGCAUGGAGUCCUCAGAGGCCAUGUCUGCAGACAGCAGUGAUGCAGCGGCUCACCAUGCAUCCCACCAUCACAGCCAGCACCACCACGGCAUUGCCCCAGAGUCAGACUGCCACGUGGGACAGAGCUCAGAGGGGGUCCUGGUGUUCCUACCAGAGACUAGCUCCAGUACGGAUGUCACCCACCACAGGGCCACCGUCCACCUCCCAGACUCCUCCUCUGUGGCCCAGUGCACCAGCGUCUCCACUGUAACGCAGUCCAUCCUGGUGUCUGGGUCAGCCCAGGUGAUGGUUCACUCCAGCGCGGCGGUGUCUGACUCGACAGCCUCCACCUCCUCAGAUCUGGGAUCAGCCAUAGACAAGAUCAUAGAGUCUACCAUCGGACCCGACAUCAUGAAUGGUUGUAUAGCAGUGACCAGUGCAGAGGACGGCGCUGCAGAGACCAGUGAGGGUCAGUAUUUGAUACUACAAGGAUCAGAUGAUGCUCACACGUCAUCCUCGGCCCUGUCCAGCCAUCACCGCAUCACCAUCGAGGCUCUGGGAGAGGGUCCUACCUCCACCUGCCACGACCAGGGAGACAUGCAGGAUAACCUGCACCCUGACCAGCCAGACCAGCCCUCUGGCAGCCACUACCCAGACCAUGAGGACCAGGACAACCAGCCCCAGCACUCCCACGCAUCUCAGUACAUGGACUGUAGCGGUGGAGACGUAGACGGACCUGACCAGACUGGAGAGUCGUCCUCCUCGUAUGUAGACGACGAGGAACCUGACCAGACUAGGAUCUCGUCCCGGUCUCUGUCCCGCUUCCCGGAGUACGGUGUAGUCGACAACUCUGACCAGGACCUGCGGGGGUACGUGGAGGGUAGCGGAGCCGCCGACUCCAAUCCCUCGUCCCCUGGCAUUCGACGACGCCACUCUCACUAUGUUGUGGACUGCAGUGCGGGGACGGAGGUGUACCUGGAGUGUGACGAGGAUUUGAGGCCACAGCACUCUCAGAGCUACAUCGACAGCAGCAGCAGAGCUAACCACUCCCAGGGUCACCUAACCCUGCCUAACCACUCCCAGAGUCACCGAACCCUGCCUAACCACUCCCAGGGUCACCUAACCCUGCCUAACCACUCCCAGAGUCACCGUACCCUGCCUAACCACUCCCAGAGUCACUGUACCCUGCCUAACCACUCCCAGAGUCACCGUACCCUACAGCAGUAUGUGGAGUUUGUUGCUGCAGAUUCAGAGCAGCCCGGUUGUUCCAACUACCAGGAUCAGGAAGGGCAAAGGGAGGACCCAAACAAGAGCCCAGACCAGAACCAGGGCCCAGACCAGGACCCAGACCAGCCACAGCACUCUGACCAGCAGCAGCCCCAGCACUCCCACUACAUGGAGACCACCAGCAGCAGCACUGGCCCAGAGGCCUCCCCGGGGCGGUACACUGGGAUAGGGGAGGGAGGCGAGGGCUCCUCCACAGACCACCACCACCCCGAGGCAGACACUGUGGGAUCAGACCACCACCACCCUGAGGCAGACACCGUGGGAUCAGGCACAGACCACCACCCCCAGGCAGACACAGCAGGCUCAGCAGAGGCUAUGGAGUGCACAGAGAGCCAGCCUGGCCCUUACAUCAGCAGCAGUGGGACCUACUUCUCCCGCCUGGAGCCUGAGGUUGAGGGGGCCCCUGAGCCUCAGUGGUCCCCCAGUCUGGGGAGGCCUUUCAGGGGAGAGGAGGGCGGCAUGGUGCGGGGGUCUAGAACUUCAGCCGUGGAGGAGGGGGCCGGGGCUGGAAGAGGACCAGGGGUCACCGUCCCCCACACCAUGGCUGAACUGGAGGAGAUGAUGGAGGUGGUGAUCGUUCAGCAGUUCAAAUGCAAGAUGUGUCCCUACAAGAGCGUCUCCAAAGACACCCUCAUCAACCACAUGAGAGACAGGCACUUCAAACCCACAGGUGGCCCCCCUCCUAAGAAGCGUGGUCGGCCCAGGCGUAGUGAUACGUUGGCCCGUCAGCAGGCUGAGGUGAAACCAGAGCCACAGCCUGAGGAGGCAGAGGACGAAGACAUCGUAGACGCUGGGGCCAUCGAUGACUCUGAAGAGGACAGUGACUAUAACCCAGCAGAUGAGGACUGUAGGGGCAGACAGCCUGCCCUGCUGAGACAACCUGCCCCUCCUCCCUGCUCCUCCACAGACCGCCCCCGACGUAGGGUGGGACGCCCCAGGAAGUUCACCUACACAGAGGGCAGCUACAACUGCAAGGAAGCUGAGGGUGCAUCCAAGCAGCGUAACGGGAGUGUGGACCCUCAAGGCUCCGAGGAAGCCAGUUCCUCAGGCCUGGGAAACGGACCAGAUUCCUUGGCCAAUGGAAAAGCAGUGGAAGCCGGCAUCAGCCAGUCAGACUCUGAGAACAAAGACCCGUCACCUAAUGGGAGGCCGGAAGAGGCAGAGUUUUUCCCCAGGAAACGAGGUCGACCCUCCAAGCGGUUUCUCAGAAAGAAAUACAAGAAGUACAUGAAGUAUUACACGUCUCUGAAGCCCCUCCUGAGGCCUCACAACUGUUGGAUUUGUGGCUCUCGCUUCCUGUCCCAGGAUGACUUGAGGUUCCAUGUAGACUCUCACCAAGGAAACGACCCAGAGUGCUUCAAGUGCCUGCAGUGUAACUACCGCUGCAAACGCUGGUCCUCGCUCAAGGAACACAUGUUCAACCACCAGGGGAACAAGCCCUUUAAGUGUGAGGAGUGUGACUACAGCAGUGUGUAUAAGAAGGAUGUCAUCAGACACUCUGCAAUACACAACAAGGACAAGAAAGCGAAGUCUGAGUCUCAGGUAUCUAAGGUGUUGUCGUUCCCGUGUCCAGUGUGCCAUAGAGUCUACCCCAUGCAGAAGAGACUCACUCAACACAUGAAGACACACAGUGCUGAGAAACCACACAUGUGUGACAAGUGUGGGAAGUCCUUCAAGAAGAGAUAUACGUUCAAGAUGCAUCUCCUCACACACAUCCAGAGUGUUGACAACAGCAGGUUCAAGUGUGAGUUCUGUGACUAUGACUGUGACAACAAGAAGCUCUUGCUCAACCACCAGCUGUCCCACGCCAACGACCGGCCCUUUAAAUGUGACUACUGUAAAUACUCCACCUCUAAAGAGGACUUCCUGGUCUCUCACCUGGCCAUCAAACACACAGGAGAAAAGCCGUUCUCCUGUGAGAUGUGCCACUUCAUGACGAAGCACCGUAAGAACCUGGGUCUGCACGUCCAGUGUCGCCACCCGGAGGCGUUUGAGGAGUGGAGCGCUACGCACCCUGAGGAGCCCGUCAGGCGGAGGAGGAGACCCUUCUUCACCCAGCAACAGAUAGAGGAACUCAAACAGCAACACGACGACACAGCGAGCCUACAGAAUACAAUAGUAGCAGUGGAUUCUGACACACUACAAGCCAUGCAGACAAUUCAGAACGCCUCAGUCUCCCAAGAUGCAAUGGGAAACACCACCAUCACUUACGAACAGGCCGGGAAUUCGGACCUGUCAGCCCAGAAUGCUCUGGAUCUGCUGUUGAAUAUGAGCAACGCCAGACAGUUGGUGGAAAACUCACUACAGGUACAGAUGUUGAAAUCAUCGGACUCUGAGGUUCUAAAAGCGGGCUCCUGGACAGCGGUUACCUCAGCGACCGGGGGAGCCCAAAAGGUUGUGACGUUCCACAUGUCUGAGAAUGGGGAGACCCUGGUGCAAGAGGUCCAGGAGGUCUAUGAGGCUGGGACCAAUGAGAAUGGAGAGAUUACUCAGAUAGCCAUCCAGGCCUAUGAGGGGGCAGAGGGCUUCAGUGUUGUGGAACAGAUGCAACAGGCUACUGAGAAGGGGGCAGAGGACUUCAGUGUUGUGGAACAGAUGGAACAAACUACACAGGAGAUACAAAGCACUGGACCUGGAUACAGUAGUGGCGAGGGCAGUCCCCAGCCCAUGGAGGAAGAGCAGGAGGGAACAAAAACACUCAAAGAGAACAGAGACACCCAGUACUACCUGACCUCUGGUGUGGGGGAUGGAGUUCUACAGCAGGUAGAGCUAAGCAGUGAGGUCCCCGGUUCCCCCUCCAUGGUGGGAUCCCCCCAGGAUCAGAACCAGCUCAACCCAAAGAGGUUCUCCUGUCGUAUCUGCUCUGAGUCGUUCCAGGGCCGCAGUGACAUGGAGAACCACAAGAGGGCCCAUAUCGACCCCUCCACCUUCAAGUGUCCUGACUGUGACUUCACUGCCUCCUCCUGGCCAGACGUCAAGACCCACAUGGGCAUGCAUACCUACCUGCGGCCUCACAAGUGCCCCAGCUGCAGCUUUGCCUCUAAAAACAGGAAGGACCUGAGGAGACACAUGAUGACGCAUACCAACGAGAAGCCCUUCACCUGCCAGAUCUGUGGACAGAGGUUUAAUCGUAACGGCCACCUCAAGUUCCAUAUGGAGCGUCUCCACAGCCAGGACCCUGCGACAAGGAAGACCCAUUCUGGAGGAGGCUCCCAGCAGCAAUCCUUUAUAGUCAGCAGUGAUGAGGAGGCUCUCGCCAUGCUACAGUCCCUGCAGGCAGGACAGACCAUCAGUCCGGAGCAGCUACAGAAGGCCCUGGGUCAGGACAACAUUAUAGUGUCCCAGGAACAGGGCCUGGAUCAGGACCACAUUAUAUUGUCCCAGGAACAGGGCCUGGAAGACAAGGAAGAGGCCACGUACAUCCAGCAGAUCACCACAGUGGACGGACAGACGUUACAGUACAUAACAGGAGAUAACCAGGUCCAGUAUGUCAUCUCUCAGGAUGGAGUCCAACACUUCCUACCCCAGGAGUACGUGGUGCUAGCAGACGGGAACCACAUCCAGAUGUCAGAUGGACAGAUCAUCCAAUAUGAGAAUGAUGGGGCCUUCCUACAGGAGCAACAGAUUUCCCUGAGUCAUGACGGCCAGAUCCAGUAUCUUCCCAUCAGUUCAGAACAACAGAUAGUCAGUCCUGAAGACGUGGAGGUUGCUGAAAACUCUGCUGUCACCGUCAUAGCAGAUGGCGCCACGCAGCAGACACAGACAGUCUACACUGAGGCCACACAAGAACAGCUGGAGCUGCUACAACAGCAGGGCAUCCAGUAUGAUGUAGUCACCUUCACCGACGAGCAGAGAUGACGUCAUCACCUUCAGACACUGCUGUUGGAUGUGAUGUCGCUGCUUUAAAGGACAGAGAGACAGGCCUGCAGUGCAGGACCCAGUGUGAUGGAACCACAAGGAGCCAGUGACAUACAUAGUUUAUUUUUUAUUUUAUUGAUUUAACUAGGCAAGUCAGUUAAGAACAAAUUCUUAUUUACAGUGAUGGCCUACCGGGGAACAGUGGGUUAACUGCCUUGUUCAGGGGCAGAAUGACAGAUUUUUACCUUGUCAGCUUGUGGAUUCGAUCUAGCAACCUUUCGGUUACUGGCCCAACGCUCUAACAACUAGGCUACCUGCCGCCCCCUAGUAGCUAUCGUUUAAGAAGUUCAGCCAAAGCAAGGCUCUGCACACAAUCCCCAAACUACAAAUCAUCUUGUAUCCCAAACAACUACAUUACCUGAUCAGGAUUAGCAAACUGGGCAGCGCCUUGCUCAAGCUGAUCCCCUCGAACACGGUGCUCUACUCUAUCUGUGAUACACUAUAUAUACAAAAGUAUGUGGCCACCCCUUCGAAUUAGUGGGUUCGGCUAUUUCAGCCACACCCGUUGCUGACAGGUGUAUAAAAUCAAGCACACAGCCAUGCAAUCUCCAUAGACAAACAUUGGCAGUAGAAUGGCCUUACUGAAGAGCUCAGUGACUUUUAACGUGGCACCAUCAUAGGAUGCCACCUUUCCAACAAGUCAGUCAAAUUUAAGUGGUGUUAUUGUGAAGUGGUAAUGUCUAGGAGCAACAACGGCUAAGCUGCGAAGUAGUAGGCUACUUAAGCUCACAGAACGGGACCGCCGAGUUCGUGUAAAAGUCAUCUGUCCUCAGUUGCAACACUCACUACCAAGUUCCAAACUGCCUCUGGAAGCAACAUCAGCACAAUAACUGUUCGUUGGGAGCUUCAUGAAAUGGGUUUUCAAGCCUAAGAUCACCAUGCUCAAUGCCAAGCAUCGGCUGGAGUGGUGUAAAGCUUGCACUGCAGCAUACAAUUACAUUCU